AUGGCCUUCCCACAAUCCUUUCACCAAGAUAUCGUCGUGGAUUUACAACCGCAUUUUCUUACUUCUUUCACCGGAGGAAGCAACAUGCUUGAAGCGGCCCCAAACGACAUUUCUUAUGGCUCUUUCGCCGCCGAGGCCGACGACACGCACAAAUACCCUGUGACAUCCGGCGGCACCAGCUCGUCCGAAGUUGUUAAACCAAUUCUUCCUGUUGCUAUUCAUAAUUCUCUUCUGAGCAACAAUGUGCGCAACCCGCAGCCUGCAUUGAACUCCUCUUUUCUUGGUGUUCCUACCCCAGUUGACUCUUCUUCUGAUUGGCCUCGACAGCAGCCCUGUGCAGCCAAUAACGAUGACCGGGCUUUCAGCUCCUCUCGUCAAGGGUCCAGCCUCGGUCGCAGCCAUCGGCCGCAACAUGGAACAGAAACACACAUAUUGGCACAAUAUGGACCCCCACAAGGCCAUGAGCACACGGGUCGAGAACUCCACCGUGAUGUCCCGUAUCAUGCCAAGAAAGCUACACCUUUUUAUCCAGAAAAUUAUCUUUCAGAUUCACUUUCCUUGCCUGGAUCAUCGCAGACGUUUGUAGCCGAUGGUUUGUCAAGUAUCCCAGUCGCACAGCCUUCCCUCUCUCCAGGGCAGCUACAUCAUGCCGUUAGCUACAGCCAGCCCAGCCCAAGCGCCAAUUCUAGCUAUUCCUCUCAAGAGGACGCUCUCUCAGUCACUAUGUCCGAUCCUACCGACAGGAAGGAUGCAGUGACUAAUAUGUCCAUGCUGGACAUUCCAGAAUAUACUCAGGAAGACGUUUAUGGAAAAUCAAACCACUUGAUGCAUGACGCCAAGCCUCAGACAUAUAUCCAGGCCAUUGGAAGUGCUGGAUUCUCCUCUCAACCCGGUGUUUGGCAACCAUCGCCAAGUGUCGAUCCAAGCACUGGUUAUCCCUCAUCGGAGACUAACUCCAGUACUCUCUCUCGGGGUAAAGGUAAAGGCAAACGUCCUCGGACUGCAAGUAUGACACGGCCCCAUCGUCCAUUAGAUCCGGAUCUCUAUCCCUAUGGAAACCGUGGAGCCCAUACCCAGGAUCGGUCCCAGAAUGCUGGAAUAUCAAAGAGGCGUCCGUCAAAUGGACAAGUCCCUUUACUUCCCAGACCUCCACCACAUGGGGUGGCUGAUAGAGGUGGUGUAAGUAUGACUAGUGGAAAGCCAAUUCCAAAGAAGCCUCGCGGGAAACGCACUGGGCCUUUGCGUGAAGGGGGGCGGCAGCUUGCAACCAGAAGGAGAAACGAGCGGACCGUAUGCAUUGGCUGUAAGAUGGCCAAAGUCAUUUGUGAGGGUCGAGAAGAUGGGAAGGACUGCUUGCGGUGCUCCAGUAGCAGUAGUAGUGCCCCUAAGCCAUUUGUAUGUGCUCCUGCGAGUUUCUUUGAACUUGUUCAACAAAACAGCACCGUGUUACUUGCUCUCCACAUGAUUUAUCCUCUUUCCGCCCACGGCUUCCGUCAACCAAUCGAGUUACCUUCAGAGAUAAAUAUAAGACACUUACUCCACAUCUUGGACGAACUGCGAAAAAAUUACGACAGCAUCCGCGUAUACGGAAGACAGGGAAUACUCUACGAGCUUGACAUCCGCGCCUGUUGGGUAUACAUCAACUCCAGCUGCUCCCCUAUACCCCAUCCAUUCCGACAGUUCAUCAAUGGACUCAAGGUUCAAAGACAAGAUACGUGGAAGACAUGCAUUAGGGAUGGCUACGGUCAACCGUUGAAUAGAGACACCCUGUGCGAUGUGCUCCUUGCGCUGGAUGACAUGGCUCCGUGGGCCACAUACACUCUAAGGCCAAAGUCUCAUGACCUCUACGGGCCGAUAGACGAUGAAUUUGGGACAACCCUUGCCCCAGAUGAUGGACAGCAAAGACAAGUUAUCAUCGCUGCAGCCCAAUUGUCACGAAUAAUAGGGCGUAAGCUAGAGCUCGAAUUCUACGACCAGCUCAAAAAGGCCCUUGCCAACCCUAGCAUCUGCCAUGAACUAGUUCUUGAAGUCGGCCGCACACUCAUGUCUCUCCGCCGCCGCUUAAUCAUGUGGACUUACCAUUGGGAACGCGUAUCCCCUUCCACGACACCCGAGCCUGAAUUGCAACUUAAUGAUGGUAGAGAUGGUACUACUAUGAGCCGCCUCAAGCAGCUCUGCCAGGUCCUCUACGUUUAUUUCUGCUACAUGAGACGGCGACUGCCCGCUAAUGAGCAAGAAAGCAUACGUACCAUGACGGUGCUGUAUCCUGACAAAGAAGGGGAGGUGCAAGAGAGCUUCCCACAGUUCGAGAGCAUUGAGGGAUUUGAGGAGUGGCUGUAUUUUAAAGAUCAACCAACGGCAAAGACGGAUAUGGACAGCGAUCAGAUAUAA